AUGCAGUCUCAAGACGAAGCAGAGAUUGAUGCAGUCGAGGCACAGCCGGUAUCAACUGCACCCAAUCGUGACCCUGAAAAGGCACCAGACACGGACGCGGUCGGGCAAGCUGCACAGAAUCCGUCUCGUAGGAAACCGGUUGCAUUUUACCUUGGCUUCUUAUCCCUUCUGAUUGUCGUGUUGAUCGUGUCGCUGGAUGCGACGAUAUUGGCAGUCGCCAUUCCGGCAAGUCGACUGCUUGCCCUUGCGAUUGCAAGCGAUCUGGGGGCGUCGACUUUGCAGGCAUUCUGGGCCAGUAUAUCCUUUACCCUGGCCGUCGUGAUCGUGCAACCCAUCUAUACCAGUAUGUCGGAUGCGCUUGGGCGCAAGCUCCUGCUAAACACGGCCUUUUCACUCUUCGCUGUCGGUUCCGUGGUCUUCUCGGUUGGCAAGUCCAUGGCAGUCAUCAUACUAGGCCGUGUACUGCAAGGCCUGGGCGGUGGUGGCCUCGAUGUUCUAAGCGAGGUCAUUGUGGCCGACAUAACGACGCUGAAGGAGCGCCCAUUGUACAUUGGACUCUUGUCCGUACCAAUGGCCGUGGGAUGCAUACUCGGUCCCAUACUCGGUGCCCUGUUUAGUGAAUUCGCCGACUGGCGCUGGAUUGGCUGGAUCAAUUUGCCUCUGAUAGCCAUCGCCGGAGCACUCUCUACGCUGUUCCUGCGUCUCAAGCCCAUUGAGCAAUCAAUCAGAUCCCGUUUGGCCCAGAUUGAUUGGUUUGGCAUUGCCUUAUUCAGUUUCGCAUGCAUUCUCUUUUCUCUUUCGCUGAGCUGGGCUGGCGUCAUGUACGCCUGGUCGUCGUGGAAAACACUUGUCCCUCUACUGAUUGGAACCGCCCUCUUUGUCUUGUUCGGCAUCCACGAGGGGAGAGUAGAACAUGCAGUCUUUCCCUAUCGCAUUUUCAAGUCCCGGACGGCUCAGGUCACGCUGAUCGGCGGGUUUAUUCACGGCAUGGUCCUUUAUACACUACUCCUCUACUUGCCUCUCUAUUUUCAAGCCGUCUACCUGGAGCCGCCGCUACAGUCCGCCAUUUCGGUGCUUCCUGUCUGCUGUUUCGUCAUGGUUUUUACAGGAGUUGCUGCCUGGGCAGUGGAACUGUUUCGCCACUACCGCUGGGAGAUUUGGGUGGGGUGGGCAUUCCUCGCAGUCGGUACUGGUAUAUUUGCCCUCUGGGACAGCAACGGAACUGCUGGUUCCACAAGGGCCGCAACUGCUGGCUUUCAGGCCAUUGCCGGCAUUGGUAUCGGUACAAUCUUCACGGUCCCUGCCAUCUCCAUGCAGGCCAGCGCCCCGACGGUAGAGGAUCAGGGACUCGCCAUUGGUAUUCUCGUCUCCUUCAGACUCUUUGGUGCUCUGGUUGGUCUUGCGAUAGGGUCUACAACGUUCAACAGCGUAUUUGCAAGCGCUGUUGCGGACCUGGCGACACUACCCGAGUCUAUUGCGGCACUCAGCGACCCCAACGAAGCCGUGGCUUUCAUCCCCUUGCUUCGCAACGUAGACCUCCCGGUAGUCUUGAUGGAUGCUAUCCGGGGCUGUUAUGCGGCAGCUAUGCGCGACAUCUGGAUGAUUCUUGCUGGAUUUGGAGCACUUGGGUUCUUGACGUCCCUUUUUGUAGAAAGCCUAACUUUGGAAACCGAAGAGCUAGGAAGACAACAUUACGAGCGGGAAUGA